AUGCCACUGACAUGGAAAGCCUACAUGGAGAACAAAACAGCUAAGAUGGAGGAAGAAAUUCGGUCGUUGAAGAAAGAAAGUUUAUUAAAGAAAAUUGCACUGGAUACUACAGAGGAAAGAUGCAAUGAGCAAAACGAUGAAGUGAGACAACUAGAGGAGGACGAAAUUAACCUUCGGAGACAGACUUCAGAUGUUCUGAGAGAGUUCUGGGAUUUAAAAAUAAAACGGGAAGCCGAUCAGUUCUCUCUGUUUCAAAAGAAUGACCCACCGGACAAUUUUUCUGUUACCUCACUUCCAAAUCUUUAUUUCACGGACUUAUGA